ACAUUCCAGUGUUGGGUCAAUCCGUUGUAAGGCCCUUGUUGAUUAGGGAGUUGUUUUCCUUAUCACGUUGAAGUUUUAGCUUUGUUGUGUAACCGGGAGUCUCUCAUUUGUGGUCAGUAGCUAGUUGGACACUUCUUAUAUUCUAGACGAGAUACUAUAAUUUUUGGCUUCUUCGCGCAAGAAACGUAUUCUUUCUCCCUGGCAUCGUAAAUCGUAGGGAACUUGACAAGUUUUUUUUCUGUUGACUUGCUUGCUUGCUAGCUAGCUAGCUAGUACUAGAGUUAGGAAUUCUGUGAGUUUAUAAUGCCUACAUUGCGGGACAGCACCAUGACCAACCCCGGCGAGAACCCUCAUCAAGUGCGGGUAAAAGCGUAUUACAGGGGGGACAUCAUGAUCACACAUUUUGAGCCAUCAAUCUCCUAUGACGGCCUGUCCAAUGAGGUGCGAGACAUGUGCUCUCUGGACAAUGACCAGCUCUUCACAAUGAAGUGGAUUGAUGAGGAAGGAGAUCCCUGUACUGUAUCGUCCCAGCUGGAAUUGGAGGAGGCUUUGCGCUUGUAUGAACUCAACAAAGACUCUGAACUCAUCAUUCAUGUGUUCCCCUGUGUUCCUGAGAAACCUGGAAUGCCCUGUCCAGGAGAAGACAAGUCCAUAUAUCGCCGCGGGGCUCGGCGCUGGAGGAAGCUCUACUAUGCCAGUGGCCACGCUUUCCAGGCCAAACGCUUCAACAGGCGGGCGCACUGUGCCAUUUGUACAGACCGCAUCUGGGGUCUAGGCCGCCAGGGCUACAAAUGCAUCAACUGCAAACUUCUGGUGCAUAAGAAGUGCCACAAGCUUGUCACGGUGGAAUGUGGCCGACAGAUGAUUCAGGAACCCGUGCUGGGACGAGUGGACCAGGUGUCUCACCAGUCUGAUCACCCAGAGCCAGUCCUUCCACACAAAAACUCAACUGAGAGCAUCAACCAUGAAGGGGAGGAGCAUGAGGCAGUAGGCAGCAGGGAUGUUGGGAAGGCUCCCUCUAGUCUGGGUUUGACAGACUUUGACCUGCUGAGGGUGAUUGGUCGUGGAAGCUAUGCUAAAGUUCUGCUGGUGCGGCUGAAGCGGACAGACCGUAUCUAUGCCAUGAAAGUGGUGAAGAAGGAGCUUGUUAACGAUGACGAGGAUAUUGACUGGGUUCAAACGGAAAAGCAUGUGUUUGAGCAGGCCUCCAACCAUCCAUUCCUGGUGGGCCUCCACUCCUGCUUUCAGACAGAGAGCAGGCUCUUCUUUGUUAUUGAGUAUGUAAAUGGGGGAGACCUGAUGUUCCACAUGCAGCGGCAAAGGAAGCUUCCAGAAGAGCAUGCCAGAUUUUACUCAGCUGAAAUCAGUCUGGCCCUGAACUACCUGCACGAACGUGGCAUUAUCUACAGAGACCUCAAACUAGACAAUGUCCUAUUGGAGUCCGAGGGCCACAUCAAGCUCACAGACUACGGCAUGUGCAAGGAGGGCCUGAGACCAGGAGACACCACCAGCACAUUCUGUGGCACCCCCAAUUACAUUGCUCCUGAGAUCCUGAGAGGAGAAGACUAUGGGUUCAGUGUAGACUGGUGGGCUCUGGGAGUCCUUAUGUUUGAGAUGAUGGCAGGAAGGUCUCCAUUUGACAUCGUGGGCAGCUCUGAUAACCCUGACCAGAACACAGAGGAUUACCUCUUCCAAGUAAUAUUGGAAAAACAGAUUCGGAUUCCCAGGUCUCUGUCCGUAAAAGCAGCCAGUGUUCUGAAAGGAUUUCUGAACAAGGAUCCAAAGGAGCGUCUUGGCUGUCAUCCUCAGACAGGCUUUGCUGACAUCAUGGCGCAUCCUUUCUUCAGGAAUGUGGACUGGGACUUGAUGGAGCAGAAGCAGGUGGUUCCACCCUUCAAGCCAAAUAUUUCUGGCGAGUUUGGCCUGGACAACUUUGAUGCCCAGUUCACCAAUGAACCCAUCCAGCUCACACCAGAUGAUGAUGAUGUGGUGAAAAAGAUUGACCAGUCUGAGUUUGAAGGUUUCGAGUACAUCAAUCCUCUCCUGAUGUCUGCGGAGGAGUGUGUGUGAGCUUCCCCGCUGCUCAAACUGCUGCACCCUUGCAGUCACAUGACCCAAAACAAAGACUCUGGGUUCAGGGUGGGCAUGAAGCUUCCCAUCUUUGCCAAACCUCACACUUUGCCAUACAAAACCACUCAUCCAUAAGGCUGUUUUUUUUUUUUUUUUUUUUUUUUUUUUUUUUUUUUUUUUUUUUUUCCUUCUUUCUUUUUGUAUCCUGCAAAACUACAGAGCUGGAACAAUAUUAAUUGUUGCCUUCUCUCCUUGACCAGUGGGGUCUGAAGACAGAAUGCUAGGGCUGAAGGCUAAGGCCUGUGGUUUACUGUACAUUACAGGAGGGUUUGAGUACAUCAAUACUCCCCUGAUGUCAGGAGGGUGUGGGAUGGAGCGAGUGUGACCUUCCUACUGCUGGCUCCUCCCAUCAUCCCCUCUACCUGUUUUUGUUUUGUUUGUUUUUUGUUGUCUUUUUUGUGGGGGAGAAAUGUUUUAUCUAAGGAAAUCAAUAGAGCUACACCUCUUUUUAAAAUUACAAAACCAUAAAGGAUGUGUUGGAAAUGUUUUUGUAGAGUUUCACGUCUUGGUCCCCAGCAUUGUCCUCCAGAGUACAUUUAUUUUAAACUGUAUCUUUCUCUUUUUUUUAUAUUUAAUGAUGUGGUGGUCUAUGUAGAUCAUCAACGAUCUUGUAUUAAGAUUUUUAUUUUGUUAAAAAAAAAGGUUGGCUCAAAAUGGUGAAAUGUGGGAUUGUCGACAGUAAGUUGAAGGAUAUGGGGCAUCAGUAUAGACCAUUGUAAGUGUAUCAGAGAAUCAAGAAACCCAGGCAUUACCAUUUAGAAAACCCUUAAAUGUGAGAGGCUAAGUAAACCUUCCGUGAGAAAAGGGAAAGUAUGUGUACGCUAGAAACACAUCUGAAGAGCUCAACCAUUCAUGGCAACAACACAGGACCAAAAAGUAAUAAAAUCUACAGAAGCCUGACAUUUUUGGCUACAUUGCAGGCCUCUCAGUAAAGGCUGAGUGCAUAGCUGCCUCACCACAUAAGUAGUUGCUUAAGGUAUGUUUGACCUGUUAGAUUUUUCUUUCUUUUCUAUUUUUCCCAUUUCCCUAGUUCCCUCUUAAUUCUGUACAUGUUCAUGUGAAAUAUUAUUUGCCUUUUAGCCUGUUAUAGCCUAUUUUUGUUUUUUGUUGUUGUUGUAAUGUUAUGGAACAUAAGGCAUGUAUAAAUCAUCUUUCAGUCAAGUUUGCAUCUUGCUCUUGCUCUUGCUCUUGCUCUUCUCUCUCUCUCUCUCUCUCUCUCUCUCUCUCUCUCUCUCUCUCU